ACUUGUGAACUGUUUGAAAUCAGAUGAAAUAUUUUUGAAAUUUUCUGUUGGAUUAGAUCUAUUAGUUUGGUUACAAUAAGGCAAUGCCAGUUUGGAUUGUACUGACUUUUGGGUUUAUGAUGGUGUGCUUUGGGAUAGGAAGUACCAUACCAUCAGAUGGAAAAGAAGGCAGGGAUUUCUUCUACAAUGAAGCUCAAGGACGUAGACAAUCUUGUUCAGAGUUCUGUGAUUUACCCUCCGACUACCCUAUCUCCUGCAAAAACUGGUGUUAUGAUUAUAAACCGAAAAACAGGACUCGUGAAGUUUCCAGUGUAAUGCCGCAAAGCCAGGCUCCAGCUGAGAACAAUCAAGACCUACCUUAUACACAACAUAUUAACUUUAUUGCACUGAUUGUGACAGGUGUGUGCAUCAUCUCUCUAGUGAUCACAGGGUUUGCAUUACGCAAGUGUAUUAGUAGAAGGUUACAGCCAUUUGUAGAAAGACUUCAUGAAAUGUUUUGUGAACACUUAACAGAUGCUCAUCAGACAAGUGAACAGCCCUCGGAGCAGUCGGAGCAAUUGAUCUCACCCCAGUCAGGACCCCAAAAUGUAUGCUCCCGACAAGGAUCACAGCCAGUUGAUAGAUGUUUGCAAGCACCUGAUAACUCUUGAAUAUCAUAAUAAUGUUACGGUUGCAUUGUCCAGGGUAAUCUAUUAAGUACAAAUUAGUAAAACUAGCUUGACCGGUAAAUGUGCAUGAAAUCUGGUGGAAUAAAUAGUGCCAUUAAUAUAUUAAUUUACGAACUGCCCUGGUCAUGCAUAAUACUAUAUUUAAACUUUUAGCAAGUUAAGAUCAUGCUGUAUAUAACCAUCUAUCCAUGGAAAGUGAUCUUUAGACAUGUUUUUGCUUAUGGCUGACCAAACAUAUGCAUUGCAAUGUCAGACUGGUCUUGGGGAAACCAAAAUGUCAGACUGGUCUUGGGGAAACCAAAAUGUCAGACCAGUCUAGGGAAACCAAAAUGUCAGACUCGUCUUGGGAAACCGGAACUAUAAGGCAAAGUCAGACUGGUCUUGGGAAACCAAAACUGUAAGGCAAGGCGAGACUGGUCUUGGGAAACCAAAACUGUAAGGAAAUCAGGCCAGCUGAUAUUGUGUUAUACUUUAUGUAAGAAAGCAUGAAUGAAUUUUUUGCUUCUGGAAAUUUAUAUUACGUGAGCUUAACUUCUUGUUUUUGCAUGUAAAUAAAAAAUAGCAUUUAUGAAAUACAUGUGCAUGUGCUUACAGAAUAGACAUUUGUAAUGAUAUCAGCUGUUGUUGAUAAUGUGUUGUUGAUAAUGCGUUGUUGAUAAUGUGUUUGUAUCUGCUUAUGCUGAAACAUAUCACCUGAGGUUCCAUUUCUACUCAAAUGCAAUAUUUUAUUUGUGCAUGUUUGUGUGAUUGCCUGUAUCUGUAGCUUUGUUCAUUACAUUUUUCAUUAAGUACAAUGCUUCUAAAUGUUCAGCUGAAACAGCAAAUGAAAUCAUCCUCCAUCCAAUGAGGAUAAACUUAGAAUUGACAGCAAUAAUGUAAUAAUUGUUCAGUAAGAACA